GUGGUGGGAUAUUUCCGGGCAUGGGAUCAGGAAUGUUAGGACUAGAAUUGCCGCUCCACCAACCAGAAAACCCACAAAACCCUAACCACAUGAACCAUCCCCAAGUGGUAGCUUAUACCCACCAUGAAUCUGAUCACCGCCAACACUCCCAACAAUCUGUCAAACAGGCUUAUCCUUAUGCCUCCUCCACAAAGCCCAAACAAUUAUUAUCGCCAUUGAGUGAUGAAGACGAGCCUUCUUUCACUGGAGAUGACAGCACCACUGAGGGAAAAAGGAAAAUGUCUCCAUGGCAAAGAAUGAAGUGGACUGAUCACAUGGUUAGGCUCCUUAUAAUGGCAGUUUUUUACAUUGGUGAUGAUGUUGGGUCUGAAGGGAGUGACCCUAUAGGCAAGAAAAAGCCAGGUGGCCUGGCGCAGAAGAAAGGGAAAUGGAAAUCAGUUUCUCGGGCAAUGAUGGAGAAAGGAUUUUAUGUAUCUCCACAGCAAUGUGAGGAUAAAUUCAAUGACUUGAACAAGAGGUAUAAGAGGGUUAAUGACAUCCUAGGGAAGGGGACUGCUUGCAGGGUUGUGGAGAACCAAAAUUUACUUGAUACUAUGGAUUUGUCACCAAAAAUGAAGGAAGAGGUGAGAAAAUUGCUCAAUUCCAAGCACUUAUUUUUCAGAGAAAUGUGUGCCUAUCAUAACAGCUGUGGCCAUGCUCCAAGUUGGGUUGCCUUCGGUAGUAAUCACUCACCAGAGAUGGCUACAGGCCCAUCUCAUGCGCAUGCUCAGCAACAUCAAAGGUGUUCUCAUUCAACUGAAAAUGCUCAAGUCGUGACCAAUUCAAGGACAGAAACAGAAGGGUCAAAAAUGGCAAAAAGGGCAAUAAAUGAAGAGGAUGAGGUAGAUGACGACGACGAUGAUGACAGCGACAAUGAUGAAGAUGACUACGAAGAUGAUGGGGAUGAGGCAAUAGAAGGCAAUUCUAGGCAUCAAAGCGGGCAUGGGCAAGGGGAUGAAGACAACCGUGAUGAAAAAUCAUCAAGGAAAAGGCCAAGAAAGGAUGUGUUUUCAGCAACAUCAUCUUUGAUGCAGCAAUUGAAUGGUGAAAUAAUGAACGUGCUCCAAGAUGUUGCAAAGAGUUCUUGGGAGAAGAAGCAUUGGAUGAGGCUGAGGUUGAUGCAAUUAGAGGAACAGCAAGUGAGCUACCAAUGCCAGGCGUAUGAUCUGGAAAAGCAAAGGUUGAAGUGGGUGAAAUUCAGUAGCAAGAAAGAGAGGGAAAUGGAGAGGGCUAAGCUAGAGAAUGAGAGAAGAAGGCUUGAAAAUGAGAGAAUGGUACUGAUUGUAAGGAAGAAAGAGCUUGAGUUGCUUGAUACUCAACAUCAGCAGCAGCAGCAACUACCAUCAAACAAGCGGAGCGAUACUUCUUCCAUUGCUGGGUAAAUUGUAAUUAUAUCAGAUCAAUCUACAAGAUAGUUUUGAUUGAUAGGAAUGGCAUUUUGUUGUAGUUCUUCAAUGUUUAUUUUAUGUAAUUUGCUACCAUUUUCCUGUGCGCGCUACCCUUCAAUGAUCACAAGUUACAAUAUAUCCUUAAUUAAUGUAUAGGAUCA